UUUUUUCGCUUCAUUCUUCGUUAAAAAAUAUUUCUACCGCCUAAUAUUUGUCACAAAACACAAUUUUAUUAAUUAAGCUAUAAUGGCAACAAUUAGAGAGCAUUACAACAAGAAAGUUUGUUAUUUUUAUGACGCUGCAAUUGGAGAGAGCUAUUUUGGCGAGAAGCAUCCAAUGAAACCAUUUCGAAUUGUAAUGGCCCAUAACUUAAUCAUGAAAUACGGAUUAUACAAGAAAAUGAAAAUUUAUCGUCCAUAUCGUGCUUCAAAGGAAGAUAUGUUUAACUUUCACGCUGACGAUUAUGUAAUAUUUUUGAAAAACAUCAAUGAGGGCUUCAUAUCAAAUGAAGUAAAGGAAUUAACUACACGAUUCUCAGUUGGAACGAAAGAAAAUGAUUGCCCAGUAUUUAAAGGAGUUUUCGAUUUGGCACAAAUCAGUUCAGGUGGAUCUUUAAGUGCUGCCGCAAAUAUCGUAUUAGGCAAUGCAGAUAUUGCUAUAAACUGGUCUGGUGGUUUACAUCAUGCAAAGAAAGCAGAAGCUAGGGGAUUUUGUUACGUCAAUGAUAUCGUACUUUGUAUUUUAGAACUAUUAAAGUUCCAUAAAAGAGUCUUAUACAUCGAUAUAGACGUACAUCACGGGGAUGGAGUAGAGGAAGCAUUUUUUACAACUGAUCGUGUAAUGACUGUAAGUUUUCAUCGUUUUGGAGAUGAAUUCUUUCCCGGAACUGGUGGAUUUAAUGACAUUGGAGCUGGAAAAGGAAAAUAUUAUUCCAUAAAUGUUCCAUUAAAAGCUGGAUUGAAUGACGAUGACUAUGAGAAGAUUUUUAUUCCUGUAAUCAUAAAAGUUAUGGAAGUGUAUGACCCAUCUGUCAUUGUUCUUCAAUGUGGCGCUGAUUCAUUGGCUGGUGAUCGACUUGGGGAUUUUAAUUUGACUUUAAAGGGACAUGGAAGAUGUGUGGAAUUUAUGAGACGAUAUAACAUUCCAUUGAUCUUGUUGGGCGGUGGAGGAUAUACAGUCAAAAAUGUAUCUCGUUGUUGGUGCUACGAAACAGCAAUUGCCUUAAACACAGAAAUUCCUGACGAACUUCCACCAAAUGACUUUUCUAGGUAUUUCAAGCCUAUAACAAAGCUUCACAUCAAGCCUGAAAAGGUACCUAACUAUAAUACACCUGAAUAUUUAGAUCAAUGCAUCGAACAUGUUUAUGAAACUUUGAGAAAUAUUCAAUCAGUUCCGAGUGUUCAAUUUAUGGAUAGUCCACCUUUAUUUAUGUCACCAGAAUCAGUUUCGAGAUUAAGCUCUAUUCGUACAUCAACUCCAGAUUCUGUUCAAUCGUUGUCUCCAAAUACUGUACAAUCGUGGUCUCCUGGCUCUGUUCAAUCAUCUCCAAAUUCAUUUCAGUCGUCUGUAAAUUCGAAUAAAUCAUCGAUUCAAGCAGAUUCAGUUCUUGAAAUUUCGUCAGAUGAAGAAGACAAUACUACAGACACAAUAUCAUCGGAUAUAAACAGCAUUCAAACAACAUCAACAGAUAGUGCAAUUGAUUCUACCAUUAUGACAGUCUCAGAAAAUGAAUAUUAUGAUGAUUAUUUUUAGUUUAAGAAUCAUGUCAAGAAGGAUUAUAGAAGAUUAAAAUAACAAUUUACAAUUUACCAAUAAGUAAAGCA